GAAGAAGAAAAGGGAAUACGUUCGUCACGUAAACAUAAAGAAGGAUGCUCACUUCAGAUUGCACUUACUGAUAGUCUGCUGUACAGAAUGAUUUAUAUGUGCCUUUACCAGUCCAGAUUCCAUGCCUGAGAUUUAUAAAGCGAGUUUCAGACUGGUGUGCGCUAUGGCUGUCCCAUUUAAAAUCCCUAAGAAGAAGCAGCCGUUAGAUUCAUGCAGUCUUGACAUGCAGUCUCCACUGUCUAGAUUGCAGGACAACAGCUCACCAAAGACACAAUGGGGUUCUGUCACUCUUAAUGGAAGAGCAGCUCAUAAAUCCAGUUCGAGCAAUGGAAAUAUGCUUUCAAAACCUAGUCAAAAAGGUGAAACUGUGAGACCCAUCAGACCUGUCCUGAUCAACUUUCCAGAGUCACCCAGAGAUCGCAGUGGUGACAGACGGGAUCUUUCACCUGACUCGCGCACGCCAAGCCGUGUCACACGCACCUGCUCAGAUAACACUCCGAGAGCCAUACGUGGAAAAAUCUGCUUUAAACUGAAUGAACAGCCGAUCAAAUUCAGCCCUGUUAGAGUGAAAGGAACACCCAACAAAGCGUCCGAGAAGCCCGGCUCAAGGGCCCAAAGUCAUACUCCAACCACAGGGAGAGAUUUCACAGUCAAUAACAGGUGGAGGCCCAAAAGAGCAUCAGAUACUCUUUGCCAUGAUGAGAACCAUAAGGAGACUUACGAAAGCCCCCAUUUCAAGAUCUAUAGGGGCAUGGAUUCAGGGCAAACAGAGUCAGAUAAGGAAGAGGAAGAGGAAACACAAGGCCCUUCUAGAGUGAAAGACACAUGGUGUUCAUCCACCCCAGAGGACAGGCCACAGAAUGACAACAGACUGAAGUCCACAAGUACUGUUUGUGGCACAAAUGAUGAGAAUGUAGCAAGGAAAGACAAGAAUAAAGCUGUGUUAAAUAAAGAUUCAGUUUGCACAAUGUCCAGUCAUGAGAUCAAGUCUCGCUCGGGCCAUUACGUUCACGAAGAGGAAGCACCUGCUAAGCAUCUGAGGACCUCUGGGGAGAGAGCUGCCCCGUCUGUGCCUGUCAGAAGAGACCCACUGACUUCACCUCCAGAGGCCAAGAGCAAAGACCCCUUUGAGUCCAGCAACAGCAUAUUUAAGAGGAAACCCAAGGUUUACUGCAGGACCUAUAAGAGAACUAAGCCCAGCUCCACAGAGCCCAUCGUGUUGUCCAGUGAUGACGAGGGAACUGAUGAGGUCAAUGACGUGUCUGGAAGCUUGCGGGAGCAGCAGAUCUCAGAGGGGAUCAGGGACGCUCAGGCAGGGAACCAUAAGAGCCCAAAGACGAACUCCGGAGAUGAAAAGUCAACGGGCAAAGUGGAAGUGCCAUCCAUAAUGGAACUGCCCUUUUCCACCCUCCAUUAUGACAGAGUAGAGGCUCAGGCUAAUGGGACUAUUGUGAUCACAGAUGAAGGCAUCUCGAUACCACUGAAAGGUGUGAACGGGGAGGGUGAGCAAGCCAUUAGCGUGACGUGCUCUCAGCUGCGCUCUUACGGUCUAUGGGAUGGCGGUCUGGCCCGUGAUGGCACUCUGUUGGCGGGCUCAGAGGAACCCGCCCCCUCUCUCCUCUUCCUCAUUGUCUCGGAUGCCCAAGCCACGCUGUUCCAGAAGGAGCUGUCUGUGAUACACACCGUAAACAGUUCAGGCAAGGCUUGUCCUUUUAUCUUGCUGGUGUUGGCUGCUCAAUUGGAGGAUCUUCAAGCAGCUCUAUUGGCAUCCCUGAUGGAUGUGAUUGGUCUGAGAUACAGUCAAGAUGCUUUAAGCAACUCCCUUUCCUGGGCAGAUGGGCUGAAUCAGCUUCAUUGCCAUCUACAGGGGGCACACCUCCUAUCACUGCUGGGGCAAAAUGUGGAGGACGUUGGUCAGGAAAUGGCAGAGGAGAGUGCUAGUGGGACUAGCAGCUUGCAAAGAGAGCCAACAGCUUGGAGACCUCUCCGCAGCCACAGCCGGCAGCAGAGCUUGCCACGCAGACUGAUCCAGUUCCCACCUCCCCCCUCCAAAGGCGGCAUUACGGUGACAACCGAGGAUCUGGAGUGCCUUAAGGAUGGCGAGUUUCUCAACGAUGUCAUCAUCGACUUCUACCUCAAGUACCUGCUCUUGGAGCGAGCUGACAAAGAUGUGGCAGAAAGAUCUCACAUCUUUAGCAGUUUCUUCUACAAGCAACUUACUCGAAAAGACAAAAGCUGUCCGGAGGAGACAGGCAGCACGGCCCGAUACAGACGACAUCAGAGAGUGAGAACAUGGACCCGUCAUGUGGACAUCUUCAGCAAGGACUACCUAUUCAUACCUGUUAAUCAAGAGGCCCACUGGUACCUCGUCGUAAUCUGUUUUCCUGGUCUGGAACAACCCCAGUAUGUAGAAUGGAGAGGCAAAGAUGCAUCCCAGGCAGGGGGCCUGAGAGCCACAGCGAGCUCUGCAGGUCAAUGUCAAACAGAGAGUUCGCAGCAAUCGAAGGGCAACAGAUUGAAACUCAGUGAGCUUAAAUCUCACAACCUACUGGACUGCACCAUGCACAGCUGUACAAGAGAGACUGUCUGCAGGAGGCCUUGUAUUCUAGUAAUGGACUCUCUAAAGCUGUCUUACCAUCAGCGGAUCUACACACUGCUACGCGAGUACCUGCAGGUAGAAUGGGAGGUUCGGAAAGAGACCCCUCGUGCGUUUAAGAAUGAAAACAUAAGUGGGAGUCUCUGCAGGGUCCCACUGCAAGACAACAGCAGUGAUUGUGGCCUGUACCUGCUGCAGUACGUGGAGAGCUUCCUGCAGAAUCCAGUGGUGCACUUUGAACUGCCUCUGCGAUUGGAGCACUGGUUUCCUCGGAAUCAGGUGCGCAGAAAGAGGGAGGAGCUACGGGAGUUGGUGCUGCAGCUGUACCGGAGACAGGGUGGCGGGGCAGACCAGAGUGUCAAGUAAAGAAAUGCACGAAAAGCAUCAGUUACCAAACAAAACGAAGUUAGGGCAUUUUAUUUGUUUUUUGUUUUUGUUUUUUUUCCCAUUACAAAGGAUAUAUUUAUAAUUUAAAUGUGUAUUUAUUUGUAUUAUAAUGCCUUUUAAAUGUGACUUGCAAUUUUAUUGAUUUUCGCACAAAAAUGUA